AUGUUCUACCACAAGUGGUUCACGACAUGGCUUGCGACUUUUGCUCUAAUUAGGAUCUCGGUAUCCCUUCCGUCAUCCGAAGAAUACAAAGUGGCAUAUGAGCUGUUACCAGGGCUGUCGGAGGUGAAGGACCCUUCGAUGAUUCCUCAAAUGCACGCUGGUCAUAUUCCAUUACGCUCUGAAGACGCAAGUGAAGAGGAUGACUCGAACUUGGAAUAUUUUUUUUGGAAAUUUGCUAACGACGAUUCUAGUGGCAACGUUGAUCGUCCUUUGAUUAUAUGGUUGAACGGUGGGCCCGGCUGUUCUUCUAUGGAUGGUGCUCUGGUUGAAUCAGGCCCUUUUAGAGUAAAUUCGGACGGUAAACUUUAUCUCAAUGAAGGCUCCUGGAUUUCUAAAGGUGAUCUUUUGUUUAUCGAUCAGCCCACUGGCACCGGAUUUUCCGUCGAGAAAAAUAAUAAAGUUAUUGACACAAGUAAAUUCGAUGAGGACUUGGAAAACGUUACUAAACAUUUUAUGGACUUUCUAGAGAAUUAUUUCAAGAUUUUUCCUCAAGAUUUGCUAAAGAAAAUUAUAAUUUCGGGUGAAAGUUACGCUGGCCAAUACAUUCCAUUUUUUGCCAACGCUAUCAUGAAUCAUAAUAAGUUUUCAAAGAUUGAGGGAGAUGCUUAUAAUUUGAAGGCGUUAUUGAUUGGUAAUGGUUGGAUUGACCCCAAUACGCAAUCUCUAUCAUACUUUCCAUUUGCUAUGGAAAACAAAUUAAUUGAUAAAAGCAACCCUAAUUUUAAGAACUUAGCGAACGCACACGAGAAAUGCCAGAAUCUUGUAAACUCUGCUAGCACAGACGAAACAAGUCAUUUCUCCUAUUCGGAGUGUGAGAAUAUUCUGAAUCUUUUAUUGUCUUAUACCAAGGGAUCGUCAGAAAAGGGCAGUACGGAUUGUUUGAACAUGUACAACUUCAACUUAAGGGAUGAAUAUCCAGCAUGUGGUAUGAAUUGGCCACAAGAUAUCUCUUUUGUUAGAAAAUUCUUCAGUAUACCGGGUGUCAUUGAUUCGCUGCAUCUAGAUUCAAAUAAAAUCGAUCAUUGGGACGAAUGUAAUUCCAAAGUUGGAAGUAAAUUAACCAACCCUACUUCAAAGCCCUCCGUCAAUUUAUUACCUGAAAUACUUGAAAAUGGUAUUGAAGUUGUCUUGUUUAAUGGUGAUAAAGAUUUAAUUUGCAAUAACAAGGGAGUGUUGGAUACCAUAGAUAAAAUGCAAUGGGGUGGAAUUAAGGGCUUUAGCGACGAUGCCAUUUCACUCGAUUGGAUCCAUAAGUUAAACAGUACGGAUGACAAGAAUGAAUUCAGUGGAUACGUGCAAUAUGAUAGAAAUUUGACGUUCGUCAGUGUUUACAACGCUUCUCACAUGGUGCCGUUUGAUAAAAGUUUAGUGAGUAGGGGCAUUGUUGACAUUUAUUUGAACAAUGUUAUGCUUCUGGAUGCGGAUGUUCGAAAAAUUAUGGUGACCACUGACGACGAUGGUGAUGAAGACAGUGAUACGGAGGGCGAUGGCAAACCAGAAAAGAAUCCUCAAGACAAGGAGCACGAAGGGCAGGAGGAAGAAGGGAAAAAGGAAGAAGUUGAUGAUCACGAUGAUGAUCACGAAGACGACGAUGAUCACGAAGACGACGAUGAUAAAGACAACGAUGAUAAAGACAACGAUGAUAAAGAUGACGAUGAUAAAGAUGACGACGAUAAAGAUGACAAUCACGACGACAACGACAACGACAACGACGAUAAAGAAAAGGAAAAUAAUGAAGGCCUUGAUGAAAGUAGACAAAAAUCUUCAGAAUACGAAAAAGAAGAAGAAGAAAUAGAAGAGUUUGGAGAAAAAAUUUCAAUGUAUAAACAUGAAGCCGUAGUAGUUACUAUUGUAUUAUUUUUGGUGGUUAUGAUGGCAGUAUAUGUGUACGAUAGAAAAGUGCGGAGGAAGGCACGUCACACGAUACUUGUUGAUCCAAAUAAUAGACAACAUGACAAUCCUAACAAAACCGUUUCCUGGGCAGAUGACUUAGAAAACGGAUUUGAUAUAGAAGAUGAUUUAGAACAGGAGGGCAGAGCACCCGAAGAUAAUAAUUCCAAUAAAGCAGGUGUUAAAUCCAAAACAAAGAAAAAGAAGAAAUAUACUAGCCUUCCAAACGCUGAAAUCGAUGACUCUUUUGAGAUGACCGAUUUUUGA